AUGCAGGACAUCGACUUCGAAUUCGUUUACGCUCUCCACACUUUCGUCGCGACCGUGGAGGGCCAGGCAAAUGCCACAAAAGGCGAUACGAUGGUGCUGUUAGAUGAUAGCAACAGCUAUUGGUGGCUCGUGCGAGUAGUCAAAGAUAGCAGCAUUGGUUAUCUUCCCGCCGAGCACAUAGAAACACCCACUGAACGACUGGCACGGUUAAACAAGCACAGAAAUAUUGAUCUUUCUGCAACCAUGCUCGGCGACCAGGCCCAGAAUAAGAAGAAUUCUUUCAAAUCCAUGCGGCGGAGGCGGAAGACUGUAACAUUUGCGGACCCUACAUAUGUUGACUACUCCGAUUUCGAUUACUCCACCGAUGACGAAGAUAUCGAAGAGCUCUUUGGUUCGCAACAGAAUGCGCAUCAAAAAGCACAACAACAGCAGCAGCAACAACAGCAACAACAAGAUAAGCAAAAUGGGGCUGAAGAUUCUAUCACAGACGAGACUGCUAAGGUGGAGCCCCUGAAAACCCGUCCAUCUAAAGAGGAGAAGGUAUCACCAGAAUCAACAAAGGAUAUGGGGGCAGAUGAUGAUCCGAUGAGGAGUAGUGAGGAAUCUGUUGAGGAAAAGCCUGAAGGCCCUAGUCGAUCUAGAAACGGGACCGUGAGGAAUACCGACUCGUUCUUCAAAGACGAGAGCGUGGAAACAAAAAAGAUCACCCUCACACCGAAUCUCCUUCGCGACGACAACACUCCGAGACAAUCCAGUGACUCAACCACUAGGGAUAAUAGGUCUGGGUCAAGCUUGGAUAAAAUGGACCGAGAAUUACUCUCCGACAAGGAAAAGAAGAAGCUGAAGGACAAGGAGAAGAAAGACAAGGAAAAGAAGUCCGGCGGUCUCCGAGGAUUCUUUUCAAGAAAGGAUAAGAAGAAGGCCUCGGAGGAAGAUGAUGAAUCGUUCGGCAAGCGGUCUAUGGACAUUAUGUCCGAUUCGCGAGAGAGCGAAGACCGCUCAAUAGAAGAGCAGUUGUCGCCAGAACGUGCAGGAUCUCAACGGCAACCCUCCAAACUCCAAAAGAACGUGCCAAGUAACAAGGCAGGAGUUGUCCAGAAGUCGGUUGAGCUGUCAUCGUACCUUGCUGAAGGUAGAACCAACGACGUGUCAAAUGUUCCGCCAGCAUCUAUGCGAAUUGUGGAUCCGGACACGAGCGAAGCUCAGCAAUUACCAUCAUCAAAACAGACACAAACACGAGAGGGUACCAGAGAACGGUCGGUGUCGUCUUCGGGCCAAAAGGAUGAGAAAUCUGUCAUGUCAAAACUCGUGCCGGGCCGAGCCGCCAGCAGCAGUGCUGAUCCCAAACCCCAGAAAACCGUCAAAGCCAAGACACGCAUGGAACUUGACGCAUCAGACAGCUCCGAGCUGGAAGAGCCUCAUCCUGAGCGACCAACCGCCACCCUGCCCGCGAGUGCAGAGCAAGGUCAGCAUGGAGGGCCUGAACAAGCUGGUGAAAGUCAUCGUGGUGACACUACUCAGGCUCCCAAGACUGCCAGAGCUGCUCACACACAACAAAUUCCGGGAAGACAAGAAAUCGAGAGCAAUGGUUACUCAUCUCCCGCGAGCGCUUCUAAUCCUCCUGCGCUCAUGGUCGAUACCUCGUCACCCGAAGGCAACUCGCCGGAAGCAUCACCAUCACCAGAGCUUGUGCAGGCUGUUGGUGAUGCUGGCAGAGAAGGCAGUACUACGAGUAGUGGAAAGGAGGGAGCUUGGGACGACACCAAACUUCGAGCCUUCUUUGACGAAAGCGAUCAUAUCCGUGACUUGCUCGCUGUAAUAUAUGACAAGACAAACGUUGAGCCGGCAGGCAUCGACCACCCGGUUGUCGGUGGACUCUUCCGGGAACAAAAUGCAAAACUGGCAGAAAUUACGACGCAAUUGGACAACAUGCUCGGAGACUGGCUUGCCAGAAAGCAGCGUCUUCGUGGCACCAUAUAG